AAGAUAAACGUAUUCCUGAUGUACCGGCGUGUUUUAUAGAGAAUAUAAUUAAUAAUAAUUAUAAUAAUAAGGGUGUGGAGGAUCAGGACCGAGGGAGCUGAUGGCGGACACGCAAGAUGAUUUUGAUGAGUAUGAUAAACCUGGAGCUGAAAGAUCAAGGAGGAGGAGAGGAGACGAUGAUGAUCUGAGUGAUUUAGAAGAAGACCUGCUCGAUGAGGACUGGCUCUCAUCUAAAAAGAAUCCAUCAGAGCUGUCGGACGAAGAGCUGAACGACGACCUGUUGCAGAGUGAUGAAGAAGAUCAGAACACCAGCGCGCAGGCUGCGGUGGUGAGCCUGAACGCCACGACGAGCCUCUGUGAAUCCUACAAUCUUCAGGAAGGUGAUGAAUAUUUGGAGGAGUACGGAGCUACAGAGGGAGGUGAAGGGUACAGGGCGGAUGAGUAUGGAGACGAGUACAACACGGCACAGAAUGAAGAGGCGUAUGAGGACGAAGUUCUGGAGCUGCAGGUCAACGAGCCCCUCGAUGAUGAAUUUCAGGUCGACGAAUACGCCGCCGAGCAACAGGAAGAGCCGACCGACCAGCCAGAGCUUACUGAGAUGGAGGGAGAGGAGCCUGAGGGGGAGCUGGGGGAUCAGUAUGAUCAAGAUUCAUCACAGCUUACAGAAACAGAAGAAAGGGAACCCGAAGCAGAACCCAAACCCGAAUCAGAUCUGAAAGAGGAAUCCGAAGAGGAUGAAGAGGACGAUGAAGAAUCGGGCCGGCUGCGCUUCAAAACCGAGCGUAAAGACAGUCAAGUGGUCAGACUGUCUGAUGCCUCCAGCAAGAGGAGGAACAUUCCAGAAACCCUGGAACUGACCGAAGAGGCCAAAGCAGACCUGCUGGAGUUCGAGGAGAAGGAGCGUUUGAGGAAACAUGGCCGUUUCGGAGGCCGGGGUAGAGGUGGAGGAAGAGGAGGAGGAGGAGGAAGACCUCCUGCUUUUGGAAUGAGAGAUUUUCGUAAGGAUGCCGGGCUUGGGCGGGGCAGGAUGAACGAACCGAGGACUCCUUUGAUGCAGAUGAACUUUCAGCCUCGACUGGUCCCUCCUUUGUCUCAUCACCAUCAGUCUCGCCCCCCUGUUCCACGUGGCGCUCCCAAUCUCUUCUCCACCCCUAUCAUCCCCAUUCCCCAGCAGCCGCUGCAGCCCUUGAUGCCGCCCCGCUCUCCUGCCCCGCACAGACCCCCGCAGGACCUGCACUCGCCACGCCCUCACGGACCACCGCGCAUGCCCCCGCAAGCACUUCCCAACCAGCAUCAUCAUCAGCAGCAGCCACCACCCAAAAACAUUCACAUCAACCCUCACUUCAGAGGAUCAGCGAACACCUCACCUGUACAAGUUCCUUUGAUGCCUCCUGUUCCGAAUCAGCCCAGACCCAAUCUCAACCAUCAGAGGUUUCCGGGUCCUAUGGAGUUCCAGCCGCACCAUCAGGGGAAUUUCCUCCAGCCUCAGAGACCCCCGCCUCAGGAGCAGUGGAGAGGGCCGCCGCCCCCCCACCAGGACAGAGACCCCUUCUUCAACAACGAGCCUCGUUUCCCAGGGCAGCCCAUGUUCGACCUGGCCGGUCCAGGUUCCCUCCUGAACAACAGCGUGCUCUCUCUGGCCUUUCAGCAGCCUCUGCCAGGGGCGGGGCCGGGGCUGGGACCGGGGUUCUGCCCGCCAGGUGGCGGAAUGUUCCAGAGAGAUCUGCCCCCUCGCCCCAGCCUCCCCCCGCAGCCGGCUCCCGGCCCGCCCUCUCCGCGCAACUUCAUGGGACACAGACAGCCGUUUCCUCCACAGCAGCACGGCGCCCCCUUCAGUCCUCAGCACGCACCGUUCGGCAUGCAGGGCCUGAUGCAGCCGAAUCUUCAGCCUCAGCACCACGACCAUCCUCCUUCCCAUCAUCCCCUGCGCCAGCAGCACCCCCACCACCACCAGCACGACGGCCCACCUCCGCAUAACCAACAUCAGCACCAGCAUCUGCGCCAACCCGGAGAGCAGCAUCCCAUCAUGCAACACUCUCACCAACCGUUCCGCCAGCCGUUUCAGGGAGGAGCCAGACCCAUGAAGCCCGGCCCACAGAACAACCCCGGCCGGUUAAGAAUGGGGACGCCUUCGCCCCGCCCGCAGCUACAGAGCGCCGCUCAGCGCAACAGUAACCUCCGCGAGCUGCCCAUCGCACCCAACAACAACCCCAACCGCCCCGCCCAGCCUAGGCCUGCUAACAGGGUCGCCCAGCAAAACGCCAGGCCCGGCCUGUUGACAGGGGGCAACGCAGUGGGGCGAGGGCGUGGUGUCGCUCCACGUCCGGGGGCUCUGCAGCAGAGCAUCAGACCUGUACAACAACAGAGGGCACCUGCACAGCCCAGCACACCUGCACAGCCCAGCACACCUGCACAGCAGAGCACACCUGCACAGGACGAUGAGGACGAGGAGACGCGUCAGUACCGGCUGAAGAUCGAGGAGCAGAAGCGUCUGCGUGAGGAGAUCCUCAGGCGGAAGGAAAUGCGCAGGCAGAUGCAGGCGGGCGCUCGCAAGAAAGAACUGCUGGAGCGCAUCGGAGCCCAAACGCCCCAAACCACCCCGACCCAACCUCAAACCACCCCGACUACCCCGGUGCCCCCUCCUCUCACACCUAACGGGGUCAGGCCCCGCCCGCAGGACAUCGGUGCCCAGCCGCAGACGACCGGUCAGCAAAUCCAGUGUGUGCAGAACCCGCAGGUCCAGGUUACCCAGAGGCAGAACCUGCCCAGGCAGGUACCACAGGGGCAGAACCCGCCCAGGCAGGUACCACAGGGGCAGAACCCGCCCAGGCAGGUACCACAGGGGCAGGUACCUCAGAGGCAGUUUCCGCAGGGGCAGAACCCGCAGAGGCAGUUUCCACUGAGGCAGGUUCCACAGCAGGUUCCACAGGUCCAGGUUCCGCAGGUCCAAACCCACAACCUGGUAUCUUCUGCACCUCUGGAGGAGAAGAAAGUGGGCGUGGUCCAGACACAAACGAACCCCCUCAGGACAGGAGGGAAGAGGACGGUGAUGCAGCGGAUCAAUUCCGGGGGCAUCAGCUCACCUCAGAUACCCCAGAAAGUGCGAGUGGUGAAGAGGCUAACGGGGGGAGAUGUUGGGCCUGGCGUAGACCUUCCAGUCCAGCAGCCGCCCCCACUGCAGCAGCAGCCGAUGGGUCGCCUCGCCCCUCAGCAGAGACUCGGUGCUGUCAGGAAGGUGGUGGUGGGUACAGGCGGGCAACAGCAGCAAGCACCACCAAAACAUCAGCAACAAGCGCUACAGCAGCAGCAGAGGCAACCGCCGGCGGAGGUGAACCAAGCUAACCGGGUGGUGGUUUCCGCUCGGGGGCGUGGCCGGGGCCGCGGCGCCGGGGUGCGGGUGAUGCAGAAGCAGCCGAACAGACCCAGCAGCGCCCAGGUUCCAGAGUCUCUGCCCAGCACGGUGUCUAUAGACGGCCUCUCGUCCACCACCACCGAGAAACAGAUCCAGAACCUGCUCAGCUCCAUCGGGCCCAUACAGAUGCUUCAGAUGAUGCCGCAGCAGAGGAGAGCCAUCGCAAAGUUUGUGGACCCUCAGCAUGCUCAGAGUUUCCAGCACAGCUUCCACAGGCACAUGAUCGAUCUGUCCCACAUCGACGUGAACAUUAUCGACGGCUGACGACCUGCUGACGUUAAACCCAGGAGCUUCUGGACUCCCAAAAUCACUCGUGAGACACUAAAACGAUCCUCUGAGGAACCGAGACGGGGACGCGAGCUCACCGGCGGAUUCCACCGCUCUGCAUUUCGCCCGCGCCCGUCGUGUACGUUUAUUUUAUGUGUUAUGAAUUCCUGAGACGGGAAGUGGCUAUGACUGAACAGACGGUGUGUGAGCGGAGAAUCAGGAGUGUGCGUUUGAUGUUGGGAUGAUGAGACGGGGUAAUGGUUGCUCCCAUCGCCGUUUUUCCUUUCAAAACGCACCUGGACUCGUUUCCUCGUUCUGUUUUUGUAUAGUUGAUUAGUUAGCUGGUUGGUUGGUUAGCUGGUUGGUUAUGUUUUGAGUCGCCGCUAGGAUCAGUGGUUCAUACAAGCUGCAGUGUUCAGUUUCAGAUUCUCACCACUAGAGGGCGGCGUGUGAACAUACAUAGAAAUAAAUCGUCUUUACUGCGUUCAUGUUUAAUUUUUUUCUUUUUUUUGCUUGUUUUUCAUGUUUAUUUUUGCAGCUUUGCUUCCAGUAACUAGUUUUUUAUUAAGAAAGAUUUUAAUUUUAUUUACACGCGUGUGUAAAAUCUUUAGCUUGCUCGAGUUUUUCUGUACAUAUGUGAUAUUAAGCUGCUACGGCGUGUUAGUUUGACUGAACGGUUGUUAGCACAGUUCAGUUUUCUUUACUCAUUUCCUUUUGUCCGGUGCUAAUCACCGACUUCAGGGUGUGCUCCUUGACCUCAAGGCCGCCAAACAGAAUCGGAACCUUCAGCAUCAGCGCUUGACCUCAAAAAUGCUUUUUAAUUUGAUUGAUUACAUUAAAGGGGCAUUAAUUCCCACAGACACACUCGGAAAUCUGGCGGAAAGCCUUCCCGUGGUCGUCCAUCAGGCUCUCAGUCAGGCGUCCUCAUACUUUCGGCUGCGUGUACGUUUUGACGCUACAUUCGUGCAGCUUAGUCAUUUCCCAUUCUCUGUCUAUUUGUACAGAGGAACACGCUGCGCUCUCCGUAUUCCUCCACCACUGGUGUAAACGCCUCACCCGGACAGUAGGGUGCGCUGUUUUAGCUCCAGGUUUGUAACGUCCUACGGUUGCACCACCGAGACUCGAACCCAGGUCUCGGAGGUUGUCUAUGCUACAGUGCAUCGAACCUGCGGCUUCUGAACUGCUGUGACAGACCGGAGAUAAACGCACUCACACCCCGAGCGAACAUGACGAUGUACUUCACCUGCUUCAGCUCCCAGAAUGCAUCCGUUUUGGUGCUUUUAGCGUCCGGUUAGCAUUGACGUGUGCUCGUAUUUUCGUCUAGCGCGCUGACGUUGCUAACUUCCAGCGCUGUACCGCGAUUCGAAGCUCAGCUGUCGAAUGAGUACGCACGUGGUUGAUUCAGUCGUGCUAGCUUUGUGUCUCGCUCUCGUUUUCCCACGACCCCAAAAAAAAAGCCUUUAUGUUCGUUUUUGUUUGUUAGCCGCUUAAAUUCGGACGCUUGGUGCCCCGCCCGUUUUUUUAAUCUAAUUGCUAAGUUGCGUUGGAUCAUAAUUAAGCAUUUUUCUCCUCGUAUUUAGUUUUUCUCCCGUAAUUUCUGAUUCCAUUCUGAGAUCUGAGGCGAUAAAAGUAUGAAAGUGCAUCAUGGUCCAUCUCCAGGCCUUCUUCGCUUAUGCUAGCAUUGCUAACAAGCGUAAAAGAUUAGCAUAAUAUACACUACAUGGCUGGUAUGUAUGUGGACACACGCCAGUCGAGUUCUGCUGUUUCAGCCACAACCGCUGCACACAGGUGGUGUGUUGAGUUAGUUAUGUGUGGGUGUAUGUAUGUAUGUAUAUAUAUAUAUAUAUAUAUAUAUAUAUACCUUAGUGCCAACACUUUAGGGAAGGUCCUUUCUCGUAGCAGUCGGAAUGAAUUGGAAUGCGUAUCGUGAGUCUGAGCUUCUCAUUUAACACCAGUGUUUGACUCGACUCCACAAAUGCUCUGCUGAUUAAAUGGCCACAAAUUCCCAUGGGCACACUCCAGAAUCUGUGUUUCAGAACUGGAUGCUCAUGGUUGUGUGUCCACAUACUUUUGGACAUGCAGUGGAUGUCUCUUUUGUUAAGCCGCGCCCUCAGUUUGCAUUGCCGCCCAGUGUAGGUUAGAAGUUAGGAGACGACGAUGAUGAUGAUGAUGAUGAUGAUGAAGAUAUGAACAUGGCAGGAACCUCUUGAUCUCCCCCUAUAGUUAUGUGAACCACAGCCGUCCUGUUUAGAGAAACGUCCGGAACGUCUCAUUUCUCCACUGCGUGCACCAAACCGACCCAAACAGGAACCGGUGGAACUCAGGGUUCCGGUUCUGCUGCACUGAGCGCCACCGCAAUUCAUUUCGGAGUCGUUUUAGCCAUGAGAAGUGCAGUUAAAUGUGCGCAGGAUUGAAUUUUAGCUCCGGUCUUAUUAGGUGGUUGUAUAAAGACAAGAUAGAAUAAUCAGACUAACAUAAUAUGUUUUGCCAUUAAAUGACACACACAGUGUUAAAACCCAAAUAUAUAAAUACGAAAAUAUUAGGUGGUUGUUAUUUAGCAAGGGAGUCUACCAUGUUUUCAUUUGUGAACAGGAAGAAUGAUGGGGUGAAGUAGUUUCAUCAUGUGUCCAGAUAGUUCUGCUCACUGUAUGUGUAAUUAUUAGUUAAAUGUGCGCUGUGUAGUUCUGGUGACCUCUGCUGGUGAAGCGUGGAACUGCAACGAAAGGAAAAUUCGGUUUCAGUACCGAUGCUGCAUCAUGGUGUAUUUUUAUUUUAUUUUCUUCAACUGUGUCAUCCUGGUCAGGGUCCUGGUGGAUGCAGAGCCACCUGGAAGCUCUGGGUGCGAAGCAGAAAUACACUUCAUUCAGAACGAAAUGUUUUACUCUGGGACACACACACACACACACACACACACACAGUGGGCAGUUUAGAUCAGCCAGUCCACCUUCUGCAUGCACCUUAGGAGAACAUGCAAAACUCCUGUCAGACAGUAAACACAGGCACUCUCAGGAUUAGGAAUAUUGUAUGAAUCUAAAUCAUUUGUUUGGUGUUUUGUGCUGACCAAUCAGCCCCGAGUACCCUGAGGUCCUGCCGGAAAAAUGUGCGUCCGGUUUGGUUCCGUGAUCAGCGCUGUGGUUCACGUAUUAAUUUACCCUGCUCGUCCCUCUGGGUCGUGAUCAAUACCCUGCUGGUCCGUGUGCUGCUGUGUGUUGGGAGCAACUAUUACCGGAGUCCAUCAGCUUCUUUUCUCCACGUGCUUUUUGUUUUUGUACAAAAGUCUGUGUUCAGGGGGGCGUUUCCUCCCCGGCUAGCUUAUUAUUAUAAUUAUUAUAAUCAUAAUUUGGAAGCGUUUUAAAGAUUAAAGAAGAAAAGCUUA